AUGGAGGACUUUUCCCAAUCCCGCGGCGACGACGACCUUUUCGACGACGAAAUCAUCCCCAUCGAGAACGCACCGUCGCCGUCCCCAGAAAACAUGGCGACCCAGCUCGAGCAAGUCUCACUUGAGCCUGCCGCGCCUGCCUCAGUACCACCGCCCAUAGAAGCCAUUACUGCAGCUAUUCCUGCUCCGCAGGCCGCCACAACCUCGAAUGACGCUCCGACGUCAAGCUUCAGACAGAAACCUAGGGGAAGAGGCAGCCAACAGGGCGCACGAGGCGGUGGUGGCCGACCCAGAAAGGCCGCCACGAGUGCUGGGCUGGAAGAGUCGAAGUGGGCGACGCCCUCAACAGCAGACUCUACUAGAUCGACCACGCGAGCAACGAGUACGGUGCCAGCAGUGAAAUCACACCCUCAACCCCAACCUCAACCUCAACCGCAAGCUCUUGAGCCCGCACAACCACAACCAGAGACGACAACCACCGAACCUGCAGGGCCUCAACAACCCGCACCCGCACCCGCACCCACAUCUGCAUCCGCAGCAGACGACCGCGCAACCGCGAGUGCAUCACCCUCUGCUGUUCCCGCGAAACCCCCGGCCGUCCGCGGCGACCGCACCCUAACAGGCGGUCUCGCCCGCGUGAAACUCACCGACGAACAACUCACCGCCAAACUCGCCGCCGCAAAGGAACGCUCGCAAAACGUGGCGGCCGCGCAUGCCCGCGCGCAAGCCGACGCCGCGAGUUUCCAGGAACGGGAACGCAUCGCGACGGAGAAGAGGGCCGUCGCGAACAAAGAGCGGCGCGUGAUGGAGGGGGAGCGGGAGAAGAAUCGGCUCCGGAAGUUGGGGAAUAGGGAAGGCCGCGAAUGGGAUCGGGAUAAGGAGGACGUUAACCCCAGUGCCGCCGGAGGACGUAGAGGCGGUGGUGGUGGGGGUGGGUAUGCCGAGUAUGGCGGGAGGGGGUUCACGGGGGCAGCACCGUCGACAGACGACGAUCUCAGGCAGUAUGAGUGGCAUGAUGGGGCAAGAGGGCGGGGAACAGGAAGAGGGAGAGGCGGAAGGGGAGGCGGCGGCAGAGACCGAGGACGAGGACGCGGAGGGGCAGCAAGAGGAGGUUCGGGCCCGCAGCAGCAGCAGCAGCAGCAGCCUGACACCUCUGCCGAAGUUGAAUUUCCUGCUCUCCCCGGUUCUGGCGCGGGUUCGAGCUCGGCGGCAAAAGCACCACAACCGCACCCGAACACAAAAGCCCCUGCAUCUGCAAAGGACACUACUCAGAAACCCAGCCCGCGGAGGUGGGAUUCCGGUGGCGCUGGCGCCGGCGGAGGAACAUGGGCCGAUCAGGUCGAGUCCAGCGAGCUGGACGCCGAGAAUGCGGACAACCCCAAGACCUUCUGGUAG